AGUGGACACAAUGAGUGAGUGUUCCGCGAGUACCAGUCAGUUAUCUACUUUCUGUGUAAAUGAGAUACCAUGGAAGUUGGUUCCACAGACUUGCGACGAAUUCAGCGAAUACGAGUUCAUAGAUGAAAAAUAUAGGCGCCUUUCUGACGUAGAAUCGUUUGUCUGGAAGUGGUCGCCGUGUGGAAGAUAUGGAAUUGAUCUUCCGGGCGGUCGUGACGUCAUUAACCAACAACUACGUGACCGUAUGGCUGUAUUCGAUCUACAUACGAACAAAUGGACCCUAUACACCAUGGACCGUGGUGCUUUCGAAAUUCCACGAGUUUGCUUUCUCUACUGGGCACGAAACGAUAUAAUCGGCACAAUAACCCUUGUAAAAGACUAUGAAGCAGGACCGGAUGAUGAAAUUCCAUUGAAAUUCAAGCAAUCAUUCUUCUACGUAUCUCACGAAACACAGACAUUAGUGUACUCUGGUUCAUGCAAGUACCGUACGAAUAAAACAAUCGUAGCAUCUUAUUGGUACCAUAUUUUCGAAAAUCGACGUGGCGAACCGUUCAUUGAUCACAAUAACUACCUGUGGUUGGUAUUCUCAAACGGAGUGGAUUCUCUGAUUCUUCUUCCAUUUAUUCCAACUUCAACGUGUUUCAAAGCGAAAUGUGUAUCAUUUGAUAUGAACGAUAUCGUCAGUCAAUUCACUGGUAUUCGCGUAUUUCUCGAUCCAUUUGUAUCAUCUCACUACGUGCCAUGGGUCUACAGAAAUGACGUUAAUUUUUUCAUUAGGAUUGAUUCGCAUUCAUUUAUCGAGGAGCAAAACCGGGACUAUGGUCUAGAUCCGCAAAUUGAUAACCCGGAGACGAAACCGCACAGAGGAGUAUUUCAACUUCGUGUGAAUUUGAAAGAUGUCAUCGAAAAGGGCGAAAAAGAUGCGAUUCAUGCAGUUAAUCCUGAAACAAUAGAGACAAGAUUCAAUCGAGGUGACAUUGAACUAUGGCGAAAAAUCAGCGAUGAGCUCCGUCAAGAACAUCAGAGCAUAGCACAGCAUGGCAAAAUGGUUGUAGUACAACGAUGGUCACACUUUACUGUUGAUAUGGGGCUCAGCAAGAAAAUGAGAACCCGUGUUGCCGAUUUGGACGCCCGUGAUUACUGUUGCAGCCAUAAGCCACGUAAUUCGUCAUUCUGCUGUAUUGACUUGGACAGCGAGCGAAUCAAGGCUGUGGAUGCUCUCAUUCUUGGAACUGACGUGGUUCUUCCCCAUCCUAGUGGCUCUGUAUUCCUAUUUCGAUACAAGGAAAAUUAUGGGAUGAGUUAUUGCGAGCUUCCAUUCUUCCAGCCACUUUCAUUGAAGCUAAAAUGUAUUCAAGUUCUCAAGGAAUCUGUCGAAAUCGACCCAAGUUACUAUAGAAUCAAAUGCUGCCUUAAAAUGCAAGAAGAACUUGAAAAAGAAACUGCCGAAAAUUUGUGCACGAUAAAUAUUCAACAAUAAUAAUUUCAAAAAACUAAGUAAACCCCCUUAUUAGCAUGACACUCCCCCCACCCCCUCUGAUAAUUAUUUUGUAUUUAUAUUCUAUAAUUCGUAAUUAUUAUUUUUAACUAAUAAUUCCUUUAUUUUUUAAACACAUUCCCCCGAGUGAUCUGAUCACCAAAUUUAGAAUUUUAAUGAUUUAUUAAACCCUCACCCCUAAUUUAAUACCGCCUGCAAUUUUCUGACGCUUCCUGCUAUUUGUAAUGAUAUUACUUUUCAUUUUUCCACCUGUUCAAUUUUGUCAAUACAGACUUAUUCGAUUCAU